UCUGACCUCGAGUGCCCAGAAACUCGCUCCCGCUUCACACACGGGUCAUCCAAUUACAAGCUCAGGCCCAUCAUGCUUGCUUGUAACGCGUGUCUCGAAGCUUUUGGGAGGAAGACUUUCACACAUGGUUUCGGUAGAAAGCAAAACUCGCGCAUAGUCUGUCGUUCUCACCCAUCUCAGUUUGUAUCUCAGCAGCUCAUAGUCUCACCGCCCGUACACGUCAGCGGAUAAAACGCAUCCCUGCUAGCUCCCAGCUUUAAUCGCGGCAACUAUGUCCAAGGGUGAGCUCACGCCGCCUUGCCACUGCGCUCGAGCCGUUGAUGGCAAGCGCGCGCAGGUGGCUUUAACUCCUUCCCAACGGCAAGAAGCGCUAAACGCGUUCCGCAUUCUCGACCUAAACGGUGACGGAAAAAUCUCCCCGGUGGAGCUGGCGCAGGUUCUGGAACGGAUCAACUCGACGGGAACCGUCAGUCUGUCCGUCAACGAACUGAUCCAGGCAGCAGAUUCUGACGGCGACGGGCAGAUCGACUUCGAAGAAUUCGUCAAUUCUGCCCUCAUGCCUUCCCCCGGCUCUGCUAGCGGUUGCGCUGCGUGCAGACCGAGCAAAGAAUCGGGAGAGGAAACAGCAGCGUCGAUGGCGGCAGCGCCUGACGACGAGCUAAGACGGGCCUUUCAGCUGUUCGAUCGAGAUGGGAAUGGGACGAUAUGCGCGGAAGAGCUUCAGCGAGCGAUCAAGAUGCUGAGCGGCGAUGCCAUGUCGAUAGAGGACUGCCAUAGGAUGAUUGCCACGGUGGACGCUAACGGGGACGGCAAGGUUGAUUAUAACGAGUUCAGGCACAUGAUGACGGGAGUGCUUUGCUGAUGUGGACCCGGCUGCAAUUGUUGGAGCAUAUGUAAUCGUUUCUUUCCUACGUUUAGGCUCUCUAGCUGUACACUUUGAUAUUGAUCAUAACUCGCUU